AUGCAAUGCUGCUUCUGCAGAUUCUGUAACUUCAGCAAGCAUGAGAACUGUAACCAAUGCGAAGCCUAUAUUCCGGUGGACAGGAUCAUAGAGCGGAUUCGGAUCACCGAGCAAGCUGACAAAAGUGUGGAGAUAAAACACGAGGAGAACGUGGAAUUGUGGGCACCCGCUUCCAAGUCGGAUGCAGAGAAAGAAGAAGAUAAACGGUGCAUGGUUGUAGAAAUCAAGAAAUUCAGGUCGCUUGUCUCUGUGGUAAUGAAUGAGAAGUAUGUGCGGGUCUCCGCCGCACAUAAGGAUGCUGACGGCUCGGCGAAGUAUGGACCCGUUAAGAAGGCCGAGUUGUGGAAUGUCUCUGGAACGACGACGUGA